ACAGCACCACCACCACCACCACCACCAGCCUGCUCUCUGCACAUCUCCUCCUGAACACCACAAGGAGACCAGUUCCCCCAGACAGGUCGGAGUGAAACACGGGGACCGCCGCUAGUAUCACCGCCGAGCCGCCACUGCCACCGCCGCCAUGGCCCUGACCAACGACCCCAACUACAUCAAGCUGGAGCAAUGGUACAAAGCCAACGCCGGGAGCCUCAACAUGAGGCAGAUGUUUGACGCCGACCAGGACAGAUUCAGCAAAUUUAGCACGACCCUACAGACAGAUGAUGGAGACAUCCUGCUGGACUACUCCAAGAAUCUCAUUAAUGAGGAUGUCAUGUCCAUGCUGGUGGCCAUGGCAAAGUCGAGGGGAGUGGAGGAGGCCAGAGAGAAGAUGUUCUCUGGGGAAAAAAUCAACUUCACUGAGGGUCGUGCUGUGCUCCACAUCGCCUUGCGGAACCGCUCCAACACGCCCAUCCAUGUUGACGGUAAAGAUGUGAUGCCAGAGGUCAACCGGGUGUUGGAGAAGAUGAAGGCUUUCUGUCAUAAAGUACGCAGCGGCGAGUGGAAGGGCUUCAGUGGAAAAUCCAUCACUGACGUUGUGAACAUCGGCAUCGGAGGCUCUGACCUGGGACCACUGAUGGUAACAGAGGCUCUGAAGCCAUACUCUGCUGGCGGACCCAACGUUUGGUUUGUCUCCAACAUCGAUGGGACUCACAUGGCCAAGACCCUCGCUCAGCUUAAUGCAGAGACCACGCUCUUCAUCAUCGCCUCUAAGACGUUCACGACUCAGGAGACCAUCACCAACGCUGAGUCUGCUAAGGACUGGUUCCUCCAGACAGCCAAUGAUAAAUCUGCUGUCGCCAAGCAUUUUGUGGCGCUUUCUACCAACGCAGCCAAAGUGAAGGAUUUUGGCAUCGACACAGCGAACAUGUUUGAGUUCUGGGAUUGGGUUGGAGGCCGUUACUCUCUGUGGUCAGCCAUUGGUCUGUCCAUUGCUCUGCAUAUAGGGUUUGACAAUUUUGAGCAGCUUCUUGCUGGAGCUCACUGGAUGGACAACCAUUUCCGCACUGCUCCUCUGGACCAGAAUGUACCGGUUCUGCUGGCCAUUCUGGGAGUCUGGUACGUCAACUUCUUCCAGGCAGAGACUCACGCCAUGCUGCCCUACGAUCAGUACAUGCACCGUUUCGCUGCAUACUUCCAACAGGGUGACAUGGAGUCCAAUGGGAAAUACAUCACCAAAGAUGGCACCCGUGUUAACUACCACACUGGACCAAUUGUUUGGGGUGAGCCUGGGACCAAUGGACAACACGCCUUCUACCAGCUCAUCCACCAAGGAACUCGAAUGAUUCCUGCUGACUUCCUCAUUCCUGCCCAAUCACAGCAUCCAAUCAGGGACAACCUUCACCACAAGAUCCUUGUGGCCAACUUCCUGGCCCAGACAGAAGCCUUGAUGAAGGGAAAAACUCCAGAUGAGGCUCGCAGAGAACUGGAGGCCAGCGGCAUGAAAGGAGACGCUCUGGACAAACUACUGCCUCACAAAGUAUUCGAAGGAAACAAGCCAAGCAAUUCCUUUGUUUUCAAGAAGCUGACUCCAUUCAUGCUGGGGGCUCUGGUCGCCAUGUAUGAACACAAGAUCUUUGUUCAGGGUGUCAUGUGGAACAUCAACAGCUACGAUCAGUGGGGUGUUGAACUGGGGAAGCAGCUCGCCAAGAAGAUCGAACCUGAGCUCAAGGACGAUUCUGAGGUCAGCUCCCAUGAUUCCUCUACCAACGGCCUCAUCAACUUCCUGAAAAAGAACUUCGCCUGAAUCCUCGCAAUGUAUCCGACCUCCUUGGCUGACUCCUUUCACCAUGUUGUCCUCUCAUUGGCUAAUUUUUUCCACAAUUAAGUAUUCCACGGGCACCGCAGCCCCGCCCUUCAGAACGAGCACUUUAUGUUUGUGGCGAUCACCGAUGUGUUUAUUAAUCUGAGUGUUGAUGUGAAACAUGUAGAUGUGUUUAAUUUGAAAAGGGAAUAUAUCGGUUGCUUUCCCCCAGAGGAUAAAUGUUUCUCGACUAUGUGCAGAAAUUACUGAAGGUGACAACAAGCCCCACAUGUUAAACUUAGUCAGCUCUGACUCUCAAAAUAAAAACCCUGUUUGUCACUGAA